AUGAAGCACCGCUCUAAAAACAAGAACAACGCCAAGCUGAAGGGAGUCGAAUCCACUAAAAGAAACUCUGUAGCCACUGUCGCAGUACAGAUGGGCGUGCAUUUCGCGGUAUUCGGCUGA